GUGGGACUGGCCUCACUUCCCUUCACAAAGUCCAGACAAAGGAGACCACUCCGGAGAUGUUCUCCGGUGUCUCCACGGAGGUCGAGGUGAUGCGAUGCGGCGCGCGCGGCGGGCCCGGGGUGCGUUCCCCCUGCGCGCGUGCGUACUUCUAUUGAUCCCGCCGCUUGUCCUCGUGCUUCAGCUCCUCGCGCUCUGGACGCGGCUGCCGCGAGCCCCACGGGCGAAGUCCGGGGAGCAUGAAGGGCCAGUCGUCUACUCCGUGAUCAGCAUCAACCCGGUGAGGAGGUUCCGCCACCGGCUGGAGGAGGAGGAGCAGCAGGAGGAGGUUGUGCGAAGGAAGGAGGGAGCGCGUGCGUACGAGGACGAGAACGAGAUACCGUCAAAGGUGAUACCCAGAGGAUUGGAGGUGCAACCGUGGGUGGUUGAAAAGCCGUCUUUUACAGCAGAACUCAACCGCAUUGUCACGUAUAUCACCACGCCACAGGUGAACUGCUCCAGGGUGCUCUCUCCAGGUCAUGUUCGGUCAUCACGCCCUCCUGCAGUUUCACCUCGCUGGCUGCUGUGUGCAGAGGAGUGGCUCCUUCCAGCUGCAGAUGCACAGUGUGUUGCAUACUCCUUCAGCAUGGAUGGGCGAGAUGCAGACUUUCUAAAGACUGUGUCAGGGCUGGGAUGUGAAGUUCACCGUCUUGAUCCAAGCAACUCCAAUGCAUCUGGUGGUAACCCAGGCAACAGUUUGGCUAGUAACCAUGGUGACAGAGGUGCGGUCAGUCAGCACAGGAUGUGGCUACAUUGGCGAGCUUCAAGAAAACACAACACAAGAGCGAGACUGGGCAGUGUUUCUCAGACAUUGUCAGAUGUCAUGGCAGCUCUGGAACAUCACACAGUUGACUUUCUGUAUGCUGACCUGCUCAGUGCUGAGUGGCGGGUUUUCCAGAACUGGAUUGAAGCAGAAACACUGCAAAACAUCCAUCACCUGGUUGUCACCGUGCAUUUCCAGUGGGCAGGGUUCGAGGUGGGUGGAACCAGUGAGGAAGUGCUUCGCUAUUGGUUUAGUCUCCUGAAGGGUUUCCAAGCUUCAGGACUGAGGCUGGUCCACAGCUCUGCAGGAGAGGGACACAGAGUCCUAAAACAGACUGUAACAGAUGCUCACAGCUCUUACACGCUCAGCUGGGUCAACAUGAGACACUGACAGAAAGCCAUAAAUGGACCGUUGAGAGACUUCAUAGCUGACAUGACAAAAGGAAGAACAUCAAACCUAAUUGUUUUGUGGAAGGAGACAUUUAUAGUGGUGUUUUUCAUUUGCCUUUGUUUUCAGCUGCAUGCAACUAACAAGCAUAAACGUCUUAACAUGGCGUCUUUCUUGUGUGGAGAUGAACAGAACAAAAUGAAGUCAUUAAAUAGGGCAAAAUGCAACAAUGUUUCUAAUGAGCUGAUUUUCAUUUCCAGAAGAAUAAAAAUUAAUCAUGCGGUUUAAACCAAAUUAUAGCAGCUGCAGUUAAAAUAUGCAAUAGUUGGUCCAAAUCACAUUUCCUUUUUUAAAUGUUUGGGAUUCCAUCCAUGUUGUGAUUAUAUUAUAAUGGAACAUCAUUUCUGCAUUCGGUUUGUGACUGAUGCUGUUUAGGUCCAUCUAUAGUCUGAAUUUAUAAUUUUCACAAGUAACGUGAGCACCAGGACGAAUUCGGGCCUGAUUUGCUCAAAACCACUUCAGCACACAGACGUGAGUAGCCCCAGGAUUGGUUUCAGAUAACAGACCCUCCACUUUAUCAGUUUAGCUGCAGAGACCCAUAGAAUGAGCUUUUCAAAUGAUGAGUUACUGUAUUUGUGCAAUUGUCAAAAUUAUUUUAAUGUGCAAUACAGUUUAUUACAAUACAUGAGAGUUAUAGUUCCAUAUGUAAUGUUUCAAGACACUUUCCAUUACACAGAUCAAGCAGAAAACAUUUUUUUCAUACAUAUGCUUGCCGCAUAGUCAAAUGCCAAAUAAAGCCUGCAGUUGUUUUAAUUUAUAUGUUGUAGGCCACAUUUUCAUGCCAAAUCGCUAAAAA